AUGGGAUGUCCUGAAGCACACAGGGUUGACUAUGCCUCGUAUCAGCUGAUUGAUGAAGCCUUGACUUGGUGGACGAGUGCAAGGGCUUUGCUUCGAGCACAACAUGUUGAUCUGACUUGGGCGGUGUUGAGAUUAGUUUUUCUUGACAAGAAUUUCCCUAAGGCUAUGAGGAGAAUGAAACACACUGAGUUGCUGGCACUGCGACAGAAUAAUAUGACUGUCAAUGAAUAUAUUGCUAAGUUUGGGCAGCUGAUGGAGUAUCCUAAUUUGGAUCGGAACAUCUAUGAUGAAGAGUGGCAGGUGGAAAAAUAUGAAAGUGGACUGCACCCAGAGAUCCGCAAGCUUAUGUUGACUACAACAAAUCGUACUCUGCCUGAAUUGAUGAAUCAGAGCCGGCAAGCGGAAGAAAUUAUAAAUGAAGCUAAGAAUCUGUCUAAACAGCCAGUGCAAUCGCAAGGAGGAAGUAGAGUUGGCCGGUUCUUCAGAAAGAAUACCGGAAUGAAUAGAGGCAAGGGUCCGCAGUUGCAACCUCGGACUGGGAACUUCAAGAGGAAUAAUGCUCCUGGACAAUCAUCAGCCGGAAGACAGGGUCCCAAUGCUUGUACCACUUGUGGUAAGAAUCAUGUUGGCGUAUGCCGACGCGGGAAUAAUUUGUGCUACCGGUGUGGACAACCAGGACAUUUCAUUUCUGAUUGCCCACAGAAUGCGAAUCAGCAUCCUACUCAAGCUUGGGUGUUCACCCUUGAUGCAAAUGAAGCUCAAAAGUAUCCAAAUCUGAUCCGAGGUAAUGUAAUCUUGAAUGGUUAUCCUCUUUCUGUUAUUUUUGAUUCUGGAGCAUCAGGUUCUUUUAUUGUGGGGCACAUUGCAAUUAGAAUAGGUAUCACCCCGGCUCCGUUACCUUAUGAGUUACAAAUCAGUACUCCUACUGGAGGAUCUUGUACCGCAUCAGAAAUCUGCAGGGGUUGUAUUCUGCAAUUUGAAGGAAGUACUUAUACAGUGAAUUUAGUGGUUCUACCGGUAUUCAGUCUUGAGGUGAUUAUCGUUAGAAAAGAACUCAUUCGGGGAGCUGAAGGGUAUCUGUUGUUGAUUGAGUCUGAGAGUACAGUUGAUACUCAACUUCAAAAUAUUCCGGUUGUUAACGAAUUCGAGGAGGUGUUUCCCGAUGAAAUUCCUCGAUUACCUCCUCACCGGGAGAUAGAAUUUCCCAUUGAACUUCUUCCUGCAGUUGGACCUAUUUCUAUUGCUCCUUACCCCAUUCUUAUUAAGAAGAAGGAUGGUAGUCUACGUUUGUGUGUGGAUUACCGUCAACUGAACAAGGUCACAGUGAAGAAUAAAUAUCUGCUUCCUAGGAUUGAUAAUUUGAUGGACCAGUUGAGAGGUGCCAGGGUGUUUUCCAAAAUAGACUUGCGAUCGGGAUAUCAUCAAAUCCGGGUCAAACCGGAGGACAAUCCAAAAACAGCUUUUAGAACUCGAUAUGGUCACUAUGAAUAUCAGGUGAUUCCGUUCGGACUUACUAAUGCUCCGACGGUAUUCAUGGAUUAUAUGAACCGUAUCUUUUGCCCAUUCUUAGAUCAGUUUGUUAGUGUAUUCAUCGAUGACAUUCUGAUUUAUUCUACCAAUGAAGAACUGCAUGCGGAACAUUUGAGGAUAGUUUUACAAAUCCUUAAGGAGAAACAGUUGUACGCCAAAUGGUCGAAGUGUGAGUUCUGGUUAAGUGAAGUCCAGUUCUUGGGCCACAUAAUUUCAGCAGAAGGUAUUGCUGUGGAUCCCAGCAAGGUGGAAGCAGUAAUGAAUUGGGAGCGACCUAAGACCAUCACUGAAGUGCGGAGUUUCUUGGGACUUGCAGGCUAUUAUCGUAGAUUCAUCCAGAAUUUCUCUCAGUUAGUACAGCCUCUCACCUGUCUCACUCGGAAGGGAAUGCCUUUUGAGUGA